CGGGGCUGAAAACAAAGAUAGCUUCGGCCCAUCAUAAGGCCCUAUAUAUUACUACCUGAAAACCCUAGAUCAUGCCAGCCCCAUUUGCCUCAUCGACCCGCCUCUCUGCAAAACCCUAGACCAAAAAUGCCGUUCAAGCGUUACGUCGAGAUCGGGAGGGUCGCCCUCGUCAACUAUGGCAAGGAUUACGGGAGGCUUGUCGUCAUUGUCGACGUUAUCGACCAGAACCGAGCUCUUGUGGAUGCCCCAGACAUGGUGAGAUGCCAGAUGAACUUCAAGAGGCUCACUCUUACUGACAUCACAGUUGACAUCAAAAGGGUCCCAAAGAAGAAGACACUAAUUGCUGCAAUGGAAGCAGCAGAUGUGAAGAACAAGUGGGAGAAUAGCUCCUGGGGUAGAAAGCUGAUUGUCAAAAAAAGAAGGGCCUCUCUUAAUGAUUUUGAUCGGUUCAAGAUCAUGUUGGCAAAAAUCAAGAGGGCUGGACUGGUCAGACAGGAGCUUGCGAAACUGAAAAAGGCCAACGCAUCCUGAGCUCAUUUCUAUGGAGUCUCAAUUUUGUUAUGAGUUUUCACAAGUUGGAUUGUUUGGCUAGUUUUGAUUUGUACCUUACAGAUUGAAAAGUAUUCAAGGUCAUCCUUUUUGUGUUCAUGUCAUGCUCUGUUAUGGAAUCAUCAAUCCUAGUUUUCCAUUGUUUCUCGUUAAUUCAGAGUUUCAACUCAGCCUUAGGAAACCGGGUGUUCAUUUUC